GUCUAGUCCAGGGGUUCCCAAAGUGUGCGCCGCGGCGCCCUGGUGCGCCGUAGAAAGUAAAGAGGGGCGCCGUGAGUUCUAUCAUUAUCCGAAACCACAAAUAUUCGCGGGUACCUAUUUGAGCGCUCGCAUCGGUAAAUAAUAUAGCGUCGUGUCACUCUUUUUCGACCGUGAUUUUAAAUUUACAAGGGCGCCGUUGCAAAAUACUAAACUUGUAACUGCGCCGCAUGUUGAAAAAGAUUGGGAACCCCUGGUCUAGUCUAAAAAUAACAAAGUUAGGUAUUUUAACGUUAAAUUAGUAAAAGCUAUUCUAUCAAAUUGAAUUAUAAAUUCAUAAAUCUGUUAGAGAAAAUAACGCCUGCUGCUAGCCCAUUAUGCGAAUGGGGAGGUAUACAUGAACGGGAAAAAACUCUAGUGGGUAAAAUGCGAAUGGAAAUAAUGCUAUACGCGGAACUAACGCGUUUGGGGUGUAGAUGGAGCUUCGUGACUUGUCGAAUUCCUACAUUGUACGGUUCAUCUGCCGCUGCACUCGUGAGCCGCUCAGAACAACAUACAUAGGUCCUGCAUCGGGCGGGGUUUGUCGCGAACAUCGAAAUUCGUAAAUCGUCUAUUUGCCACAUCCGUCCUGCGUUAUCGAAGUGACAGGGACGGAUACACCGAAUCUACAUUUCAGAUAUUUCCCGUAGACGCCCUACUGCAAGCGGGUGAGAUGCCUCCCCUGCACCCUGCACCCUGCAGCCGGCAGCCUGCACCCUGCCCCCACCUGUCCAGACGGGCGCCGGCCGGGGCUCGAGCGAUACGUCUAUCCAAUCUGUCCGCUAUCAAGGUACUGCUAAAAUAACAGGCUGUAAUCAAUACAAUCCAAAGCGUCAGGACACAUUGUCGCACGUCCUUUAAAUAAGAGAACCGUACGAGGACAGAGGGCAAGGAUAAGCAUAAGGCAUGCAGUCGAUAGUGGACGCCGCGUUCUUGCUGUACUUCGCCAGUGCGAUAAUAUAUUCAAUAGCAGUGGGCGCUAGGGUGGUGACAGAAAUGAAGAUCGACAUGCCCGGCGACAUCAUGAAGUUUACUCAGGCUAUAUGCUUGCUGUCACUGUACGGGGAUACACUUAUGCCCUUUCACGCAUCAAGCCACUGGAUGGCGGUGGUGAAAGAGUACGCGUGCGCUGUCCUUCACUUCGUGGUACUGCUGGCCACCUACGUAGUCCCCGGCUGCGAGCGCCCCGAGGACGAGUACAAGCGCGCCUCGAUGGCGGUCGGUGCGUUAGCGCACUACGUGUCGGCCUUCCACCUCAUCUACAAGGGCGAGGGGGAGGCGAAGGAGUCCCCCUCCCCCCGCCGCCCUCCACCGCGCGCUGCUUAAAGAUUCAAGCAGAUUAUUUUUUAAUUUAUUUAUUAGUAACAAACCGUCGUUUACAAUUAAGUUUUCAAAAAUAUUGCUUAAAUUAAGACUUGGAUUUUCCUUAUUUUUAUAUAAAUUGCAGUCUAUAAAACAACAAAAAACAUAAUGUAAUUCAUAAUGAAUUUAUUGCAUUUAUAAUCAUGUUAGUUAGGUAGCUAAUAGUUUGUAGGUACACACAGGUGGAUUCAUAAGAACUGGCGCGUGAUUUGUAUUCAACUGUCGACUUUCUCAUAUAAAAUCCACGCCAAUGUUCAUGCAUCGACCUGCACGUAUGAUAGAUAAGGAAGCAAUAACCCUCUAUCAAAUAAUUACGCCAUCAUUAAAAGUGGGUAGCUUCAUUUCUAACUUGACAUUCCGACUCCGACUCGGCACAACACAAAUACUAUUUUUAAUACAAACCGAACAUGAAACCAAAAAUAGUUCUUUGUUUUAUGAGCAGAGUUUUUGUUUAACCCCGUGCCACUAUGGAUACCCGUGCAAGCGAAAGUUUCCGAAAUUGAACCACGAGCGUAGCGAAUGGUUCCAAAAGUGAAAUAUUGAGCGUUGCGAGGAUUUUAAUGCACGGGAUAAACAAAAUUAGGUCGCGAGCUAAACAAAAAAAAAUUUCAUCACACCAUUCACAUCAACGCGAAAAAAACAUUGAAUGUAAAACAUUUCAAAUCAAAUCCAAAUUAAAAUCCCUUCCUUUAAAAGUCUAAUCUACCACUCAAAAUUACUUUGCAGCUCAAUUCAAUGUCAUUUUAGGAUUAUCAUUUUGACCAGCGAACCUUGAAGACAUUUUUCUUUAUCAUGAUUCGCUGCCCACACUUAGUAACAUAUCUGAGAAUUUCCCUCCUUAUAAACAGUAGAGUAAUAAAAAAAAAACAAUUCAAACAAGACGUUCAGCCACAAUUGAAAAUUGUGUAAAAAUAUUUCAAACAGCUAUUAAAUGAAUCAAAUUAAAUAUUUUUAAACAUGAACAAAAAUACUAAAUUAUAAACGUUAAUAUUUUAAAAGUAAAACUCAUAAACGUCAUACCUAUUUAAUUCGUAUGAAUUAGUAACUAAAAAAAGAAGCUAUAACUCCCUUCACAAUACAUAUUUCCCACGGGAACAAUGUAGGCCUUUGAUCCUUCAGUACAUCCGCAUGAAAUAAGAUCUUUUUCGAGCAAGUGUGAUGUAACAGCUUUUAACGGGCCCUCUUUGUUCGAAAACACUCAGACCUAUUCCCGACAAAACCCGAAACAGCAAAA